UUCCUCAGACGGACGCCCCCCUUAAACUGCGAUUGUACGCACAGAAGCUCGGUCCGAGUUGGACUAAGUAAAGCCCUGUAUCGUUUCAUAUUGUCUCGGAUGGUAGAUUCGUUCAGAUUGAGUGUUGUCUGGAGACAGAAAAACAUUGAUAAGAUUUACACCCCUGAGCGACGAGCAUCGUGACAUCUGGGCAGCAGAGAUCUACAAGAGAGUGAGUUCUUCCAUGCAGUCGUGGCUGGGAUAAAAUGGAUGACAGGAAUGACAGGGUACGGGUUGGAGAGAACAAAUUCAUCAGCAAGAACAGCAUUCUCUCGUAUUUAAAGACCUACAAUCUCUACUAUGAAGGGAAGAACCUGCAGCUACGACACAGAGAGGAAGAGGAGGAGCUGAUCAUAGAAGGACUUCUCAAUAUCUCAUGGGGUUUGCGUCGACCAAUCAGGCUUCAGAUGCAGGAUGACCAUGAGCGAAUCAGACCACCUCCCUCAUCUACCUCCUGGCACUCAGGGUGUAACCUAGACAACCAGAGUCAGGAGGGUCAGACACAGACUCCUCAAUGUCCCCCUCAGAUGGAAGUGACUCCCCCAGAGGACCAAUCAAGCAACGGCACAACACAACACCAUGAAGAAGAAGAAGAAGAAGAGGAGGGGUGCGACAUCUCCGCUCAGCUUCUUAGAACCAAAAGCGACGCCGGUGUACUGAGACGGGGCAGAAGACGGUCUCCUAGUGACCAGCGGCGAAUCAGAAGGCACAGAUUUUCCAUCAACGGUCACUUCUACAACCACAAGACGGCCGUGUUCACACCUGCAUAUGGUUCUGUUACUAACGUACGGAUCAACAGCUGUAUGACCACACCACAGGUGCUGCGGGUGUUACUGAACAAGUUUAAGAUUGAGAACAGCCCAGAUGAUUUCGCCCUCUACCUCGUUCAUACCAGCGGAGAGCGUGUCCAGUUGAAGCGUACAGACUACCCAUUAGUAGUGAGAAUACUUCAGGGACCGUGCGAACACGUCUGCAAGAUCUUUCUCAUGGAGCAGGAUUUGGGAGAGGAGAUUCCCUAUGAAGUGGCGCAGUACAUCAAAUUUGAGAUGCCUGUCCUGCAGAGCUUCAUUACCAAACUGAAGGAAGAGGAGGACAGGGAGGUGCAGAAGCUGAGAAGCAGAUAUAAGUAUCUGCGGUGCAUCAUUGAGAAACAGCUCCAGUGUUUACCAGAGGCUUCCACCUGUAUGUGACUCUCUCAGAGCUGUCAAACUACAGACUUCCAGAC